AUGAUGAACGUUUACGAUAGUGUUGUAAGAGGUACACAAGCUAGUCGGUUAAUACUUAUUGAAGAUUCAUUUUUAGCCAAAGGACAGUUUCUAUUACAUCUUAUAUCUGCAAAUCGUAAAUCUUACGACAUCCAUGUACUUUGUUAUAAAAAUUUAGUGUCCCAAUAUCAAACUUUAUUUCCCUCCUUGUCUAAUAUUCAAUACCAUGAUUGUUUGAUUAAUAUUUCGUCUUUAAAUUUAAGUAUGUAUAAAAUUGUUUCAUGUAUAGUUGAAAAAUCAACCAGAAAAAUAGUCAUUUUGAUUGAUUCGUUGUCUAUGUAUUUACUUUUAACUGGCUUCAGGAAAGUGUAUAAAGAAUUAUUGGAUAUUACAUCGUCAGAUAAAUUUCCGAAAGAUGUUCAAUUUGUGGUAGUGGUACACAAAGAUAGUAGUAACAAUCCGUUAAUUUUAAAUCUAAUAUUAGAACAUAAAAGGUCAAAUGGUAAAUGUGUAGUUCAGAAAUUAAAAGGAGAAUUAAAAUCUGAUAGUACAUUUAAACUAAUAAAUGACUUGCCACCACCGAAAAUUGAAGAGGAUAAAGGUAUACCAACAAAUUUAGCUAGUUUUCAAUUAGAUUUACAAGACAGUGAGAAGAAAGCCAAGGAAGAAUUAAUUUUACCAUAUACUCUAGUGCAAAUUCCAUCCAAUACUGGUGGAAUGAUUCAUUAUGUUCCAGAUGAAGCAGAUGACUGGGAUGAAGAAGAUCCGGACGAUGACUUAGAAAUAUAG